AGUGGGUUAAGCGCAUGUGGCGCAAAGCGCAAGGACCGGCAUAAGGAUCCCGGUUUGAGCCCCCGGAUCCCCACCUGCAGGGGAGUCGCUUCACAGAUGGUGAAGCAGGUCUACAGGUGUCUGUCUUUCUCUCCCCCUCUCUGUCUUCCCCUCCUCUCUCCAUUUCUCUCUGUCCUAUCCAACAACGAACAACAUCAACAAUGGCAAUAAUAAUAACCACAACGAGGCUACAACAACAAGGGCAACAAAAGGGGGGAAAAUAGCCUCCAGGAGCAGUGGAUUCAUGGUGCAGGCACCAAGCCCAGCAAUAACCCUGGAGGGGGAAAAAAAAUAGACUUGCCUAACUUUAAAUGACGAACAUUGAAAUUAUGCUUUUCCUGCCUGGCGGGCGCUGUUUUAUACAGUUGAUUGAUUCUUUUUUUUUUUUCUUUUCAGAAAGAGGAAUAUUUUCCUUUCCUUCAUGGUUUACAGACUCAAUUCAGCCAGCAGCAGGGAAACGCAGCAAAUAGAAGUCGGAUGUAGCAGGUGUUGCCAUGGAGGAGCAGGCACGGAGCACAGUGAGAGCGUCUCCCUGUGAAGCUGAACUGCAGGAGCUGAUGGAACAAAUCGACAUCAUGGUGAGCAACAAGAAGCUGGACUGGGAGAGGAAGAUGCGGGCUCUGGAGAUGCGACUCGACCUUCGGGACCAAGAGUUGGCCAGUGCCCAGACGAGUUUGGAUCAGAAAGGCCAGGAGGUGGGGCUACUUAGACAGAAGUUGGACAGCCUGGAAAAAUGCAACUUAGCAAUGACUCAGAAUUAUGAAGGACAACUGCAGUCCCUGAAAGCACAAUUUUCCAAACUAACCAGUAACUUUGAAAAAAUGAGACUACACCAGAUGAAGCAAAGCAGAUUUCGACGGAAAGAAGCCUCACAACUCCCAGAAGAAAUGCCCUUUGAACUCAACGACUUGAGCCAGAAGUUGGAGGAAUUUCGAGCCAAGUCAAGAGAAUGGGACAAGCAGGAGUUCCUCUACCAGACACACCUGGUGUCCUUAGAUGCUCAGCAGAAGCUGCUGUCUGAGAAGUGCCAUCAGUUUCAGAAACAGGCACAAAGCUACCAAAGUCAGCUCAAUGGGAAAACGCAGGUGACAGCAGACAGCAGCUCUGAGCUCCCUCUGCUGGGCUACAACCCGGACUCCCCAAGCUGUGAAACCAGUGAAAGAGAUGAGCUCAUCAUUGAAAAAUUAAAAUUGGCCGUGAGCGAAAUAGCCUUGAGUAGGAGUAAGUUACAAGAUGAAAACCAGAAGCUCUUAAAAGAACUGAAAAUGUACCAGAGACAGUGCCAGGCCAUGGAAGCAGGACUCUCUGAGGUGAAAAAUGAGCUGCAGUCACGUGACGAUCUCUUGAGAAUCAUAGAGAUGGAGCGGUUACAGCUGCAUAGAGAACUACUGAAAAUCGGAGAGUGCCAAAGUGCUCAAGAAAACAAAAAAAGACUUGAAUCGUCUUAUUCCCCUUCUGUUAAGGAGCCAGAAAGGAAAAGGACAGAGCUGUUUCCAGUGACCCCUGACCAACUGAAUCAUGAGUCGGAAUUGAAGAAGGUGGCGCAGGUCAGAAGCCAGCAGCAUCAGGAGGAGGAGCAGGAGAGGAUGAGGACUGAGAUCUCAGAGCUGACAGAGGCGCUGCACCAGAAGGAGCUCACCAUAGCGUCCGUUAAGAAGAAGGCCGCCCUGCUGGAGAGGCAGCUGAAGAUGGAGCUGGAGCUCAAGGAGAAGAUCCUGGCCAAGCAGCAGGCUCCAGAUGCUAGGUGCAGAGCCACCAGGAGUGAGAACUCACCUCUCAAAGGGAUGAUGGGCGACCUGGACCCUGGCUGCUGGAUGAGCAUGGACUUCACUAACCGGGAGCACGCCAGGCACACAUCUAUCAACAAGCUGGAAUGUGAGAACGAGCGGCUCCGCAGUGACCUGGCAAGGCUUCAGGCCUACGGGGAGACCAGCCGCCACGCCUGCCACAGCCACGUCAAGAACGAGCAGAGCACAGACAGGCUUGGACAAGGCAGUGUGACCAAGAGCGCCACGCCUCCAUUGCCACCUCCAUUUCAAAGCAAAGAAGGAACCAGCCCUUUGUGGAAUGAGGACUACACUUUCCCACUGUCUCCCCCUGACCCAGCCUUCCCAGCUUCUGUGGCUGCACAGCACUUCCUUCUGGAGGAGGAGAAGAGAGCAAAGGACCUGGAGAAGCUGCUGAAUACACACAUUGACGAGCUGCAGAGACACACAGGCCUGACACUGAACAGAUACACCAGGCUCAGGCACAGCAGGCACAUAUGAGCUUCAUUCACCAUUUAUCAGCCCCACCACUCAGGGAAAAAGCUCCAGCAAAACACUUACUAAGCUGAUCAGUGGAACUGAGAAGUAUUUUUAAAUCAUGUAAUCCGGGCAGCUAGAGAAUAGUAUCUUUUAUAUAAAGCUGCUUGUAUUUCUGUAUUAACAAAGCUAAUUAUCUGACUAUAGAGUUACUGUAAAAUAAACAUGAUUGAUUGAAAAGAUUUUUUUUUUAGUCUUCAAGGCCACUUUGGAAGCUGAUAUGCUGCCUGAAAGCCCAGCCCUCCACAGCAGCAGAGUGAGUGGGAAGGCACGGUGCUCCAGCAUGAGCCAGUCUGUGCCUGCUCAGCAGCGCCACCUGUGAGAAUGAAAGACUUCUUGUAAUGAAAAAUAUCAACUAUUUGAACUAUGUAAACAUCCUAAAAUUUCUGUUAGAAAAAAAAUAGAGCUUUAUUAUUUCUGCGUUCA